GCUAUACUGGUUUAUAUACAAAGUUUGCUAACAAUUUAUAACUUUCUAACUUAAAUAGCUAUGCGGUUAUCAUGUGGGAAGUGUUGUCCAGAAAACAGCCUUUUGAAGAGGUCACCAAUCCUUUGCAGAUCAUGUACAGUGUGUCUCAGGGACAUCGGCCUGACACCAGUGAGGAAAAUUUGCCAUUUGAUAUACCUCAUCGAGGUCUCAUGAUCUCUCUAAUACAAAGUGGAUGGGCACAAAACCCAGAUGAGAGACCAUCCUUCUUGAAAUGCUUAAUAGAACUUGAACCAGUUCUGAGAACAUUUGAAGACAUAACUUUUCUUGAAGCUGUUAUUCAGCUAAAAAAAUCAAAGAUACAGAGUGCAUCGAGUACAAUUUACUUAUGUGAUAAGAAAAUGGAUUUAUCGCUGAACAUACCUGCAAGCCAUCCUCCACAGGAGGAAUCGUGUGGAUCCUCUCUGCUCUCUAGAAACGCUGGUUCUCCUGGAACCUCCAGGUCUCUGUCAGCUCCUCAAGACAAAGGUUUUUUCCCUGGAGGACCUCAAGACUGCUCUUCGUCGAAGGCGCACCACUGUCCUGGAAACCACAGCUGGGAUGGUAUCAUUUCUGUGUCACAAGAGGCAGCCUUCUGUGAUCGCAGAGCCAGCUCGUGCUCCUUGACUGUGAUAAGGCCACUGUUGGUUGAGAAAAGUUCAGAGCGCCCACAACCCGGGAUAGCACAACAGUGGAUCCAGAGUAAGAGGGAAGCCAUUGUGAGCCAGAUGACUGAAGCCUGCCUGAACCAAUCACUGGACGCCCUUCUGUCUCGGGACCUGAUCAUGAAGGAGGACUAUGAACUCAUUAGCACCAAACCUACAAGGACUGCAAAAGUCAGACAGCUGCUAGAUACCUCUGACAUCCAAGGAGAAGAGUUUGCCAGAGUUAUAGUACAGAAGUUGAAAGACAACAAGCAGAUGGGGCUUCAGCCUUACCCAGAAGUACUUUUGGUUUCCAGAACACCAUCUUCAAACGUCCUUCAAAAUAAAACCUUAUAAGGGGGCCUUCUUUGAGGGGAAAGUCGGUUUACAAAUGAUUAUUUAUAUUUCUGUUACCUGUAUAAUAUUUGUAUAAAAACAUGAGAGUAUUAGAUGCUUCACUGAAGGUUUUUGGAAGAGUCUCUUCCCAUGACAUUGCAGUAUUUUUUUUUAAAUUAAUAUAAGUAAAAAGUUUGCAUUAUGCUGUGUAGUUCAGUUUUUAUGUCAGCUUCACUACUUGAACUUUUUUUAUGUGAUAAUCACAUUUUUCUUGUAUGUAAUGGGCCUUUGUUUCUGAUGGAAGACAUUUUCACACUCACCUGACCUGUGGAUUCCUCAUUAUUCCUCUAAAGUGCGGUUUGACAUUACACAGCAGUGAUAUGGUAUUGCCCCUCUGCAACCCCAAGUUCAGAUCUCCAGAGAGUUACUCAUUUUUAAAUUUGAUUUACAAAUUCUCUAGAAGGUGGUUUCAAGGAAUACAGAGUGUAUAAAGAAG